CUGCUCAUGCCCAGUCAUGUUCCUCCGGAGCGGUAGAGGGCGCUGCGGCUGCUCUUCGGGUUUCCGUGGCAUUUCCUGCUAAGCUGCGCGGAGCUCUGUGAGGAUGUUCUCGGUUCUGAAGGAGCGGGUCGGGGAGAUUUUGCUCCCCGGAGAUGAGUUCUGCUGUGGCCCCAAAGACACCCUCCCUUUGACGGACAGCGGGAAGUCAGAGCGGCUGGUGGCCGGGCCGGGGCUGCGGCGGAGCGGCGACCGUCUGCUGUAUGUCCCAGCCAAAGGAGAGACAGUGAUCGGCAUCGUCACGGCGAAGUCCGGCGAUGUUUUCAAGGUGGACAUAGGUGGAAGUGAGGCAGCGUCUCUGUCCUACCUGGCCUUUGAGGGCGCCACCAAGAGGAACCGACCCAACGUCCAGGUGGGCGAUCUGCUGUUGGCCCAGUUGGUCGUGGCCAAUAAGGACAUGGAACCGGAGCUGGUCUGCAUUGACGGGUCGGGCCGGGCCAACGGGAUGGGCGUGUUCGGAACCGGAGGGCUGCUCAUCAAGGUGUCUCUGGGCCUGGUCCGAAGGCUCCUGGCGCCCCGCAGUGACCUCCGGGCCGACCUGGAGCAGCUGUUCCCCUGCGAGCUGGCAGUGGGGAUGAACGGCCGGGUCUGGGUCCGGGCCGGCGCCGUCCAAAAGACUCUGGUUCUGGCCAACCUGCUGCAGAGCUGCGACGCCAUGACGGCGCCGCAGCGUCAGCAGCUGUUCCGGCGCCUCCAGCAGGGGGCGUUCUGAUUGGCUCAGAGCGGCAGCCAAUCACAGCCCUGCUGGGCCACUUACUGGUUCUGAAAGGUUUUGUUCAGAUCGGGUUCUUUCAUCACAGGAAGAGCCGACCCGCAUCAUGUUUGGAUCAGAACCAUGUGACUCGUCUCCAUGGCGACAGAGAAAAAUACCUGCAGCUAAAGUUCUGGCAGGAACUGGUCACAUGACUCGUUACCACGGAGACCAGCAGCUGUAAGAACACAGGCUGGUUUGUUUUUAAAUCGGUGAAUAUUUCUAAUAAAUAGAUUUAUUUUUAUCUGUAAACUUCAGUGGUUCAGUUCUCGACGCUAACGGAUCAAAUUAAUAAUGAAAAUGAGCUGCAGUGAAGAUGUUGACCCGGUUCUGGAAACCGCUCAGAACCAGACCCAACUGUACCAGCAGGGGAAACGGGUCCAGUUCCGGACCAACAGAACCUGUACCAAAACUGACAUAAUUAAAAAUAAAAAUCAGAAAUGUAUAAAAACCCAAAUUAAUAAAUCAAUGCAUUUUAAUGCACCAAUUAUUUCUAUAUUUCUGCUUUUUUAUCAGUCUUGGAAACAGAAAAUGGAUAAAGCAUCAAAAUAUAGACUUAUGGGAAGAAAAUGGAGACAAAUCUGAGUAAAAGCAAAAAUUAAAAUGUUAAUAGCAAAACUUAUAUUUACCAAGUUUCCUGGAACUAAAAAAAACAGUAAUUUAUAAAACGAGUUAAAGUUCCUCUUUGGAAUUGGUGCAUUUUAAGUGGCUUUAUUAACUGCUUUUGUUUUUAAUUAUGUCAGUUUUGGUUUUCCAUAUCUAGUUCUAAACCAACCAAUAAGCAAAAGGUGACGCCCUUAAACCCCGCCCCUCAUUUGCAUAAUGAGGCAUAAAUGCAUAAGGUAACAGGAGACAGAAAAAUGUUAACAGAAAACAUGGAAAAAAAACUGUAAAAAAUAAAUCUUAUAUUGUGUAUUUAAAUAUUAGUUAUUGAACUAACCUGAAAAAAUACAUUCCUUUUAAUCCUUUUAAAAAUAAUAUUAAAUAUUGUUUGUUAUUCA